AUCAUGUACUAUUACUAGCAGAUAUUGAUUUUUGGUAGAAGACGGUGAUGAAAGUUAGACAGUCGUCCCACCAGCUUUCACCUAGUUGAGCACUAAGAGGCGGUCGAGCACAGAACUAUAGGACAGCAGUAUACUGCUGUACAUUGGUGUCAGCAUACAUCGACGGUAAGGUUAAUUCUUCGCUUGCAGCCUGUCCUGUUCAGAAGAUGACCAGUGUAUCAAUGUCCAGGCGGUCGUCGCUGUCAAUUGCAUUGAAUUCUCCACUGGCCACCAGCAACAGUGUGCAUCAUCAAGUUCCUACACAAAGAAGCGGAUAUUCGCACCCAAGCUCACAGUCACCAUACCCGCCAUUUCUCAGAAUGCACGACGCCUAUGCGCACACGUAUGGCAUUCCAACACCGGAUGUGAGCCCACAACGCAGUUACAGCAGCAGCCAGAACGGUAAACCUAUCCUCCAGAGCCAGACUGCACCGAUACAAUGUCAGGUGCCAAUGGCCAAUCCCAUGGCGGGUCUCAAGUCAUUCACCGGACACCUGCAUACAAAGCAGAUGCCCCGAGAGUACGCAGUAGAGCCUAUUGCGCAGGUGGAAUCAGGCCCAGCAACUAUGAUAUCUACAUACAACGUCCAAGCCUGCAUACCCAUGAUCCUACAGCCUGAUCGACCUCCGGCCGCCUGUAUGAUGAGCACUGAGAACAUGGACUCUUUGGAAGAGCUACAACGAAGACAGCACAACAGGGAGGCAGCCAAGGAGUACCGCCGAAAGAAGAACAUCUACGUGCAAGGCUUGGAGCGGCGCGUCGCCUUCUUGGAGGAGAGACAGGCAAUGCUUAUAAGUGAGAUCACUCUUCUAGCCAACCAGAUCUUUGGCCAACCUGGAACCAAAUCAGCGUCAGUGCAACAGAGUUCAGCUAGCCCAGCCCAGCACAGCCUAGCCCAGCCUAGCAUGCAGGUCAACAAAUACGCAGUUGAUUGAUCACUACUGCAGUACUGGCGCAUACACUAGCUAGCACUGCUGCAUGCUGAUUGACAGAGAGUCGUACAGUCAUGUAGAUCUACAGUCAGUCAUGUACAUGAGAGUCCAGAUUUUUUUCAUUGUUCAUUUUUAUAAUAUCCGAUGUACAUAAAUUUUGUACAAUUAUGUAGCACUAAAUACUGGAAUAGGAGCUCUAAUAUAUUUAUUGCGUUGAUUUCUUUCUAUCACCACGUCAAGUUUCAAGCAAGCGUUGCUAUUUUGAAGUAAUUAGUUGUUCGCCAUCACGCCUAAUGAUUAUGUACAUACAUGUACAUGUAUUCAUUUCGUCCUGGUGUUUUCUGUUCUCCACUACUGUAGACUGUAGUCCGUGGCCAAUGCUGCAUGACGAUCUCUACGGAUUUGUGUAAGGCCCCCUGCCCUGUGUACUCUCAGUGUGGAUUCUACAAUGAUUGCUACCAAGAGUUAUGUACUCUUGUUGUUACGUACUACACUGUGCGUGCUACUCCCUGCACCUGUACUGGUUUACAUCAUGUCAGGGAGUUUUGAAAAGAAAAAGUUACCCAGAAUGGGA